AUGAUUUUUAGAAGUGUAAAAACAAUAAAAAAAUGUUUGCCACAAGCAAAUAGUUUAUUCAGACCUUUUACAACUACAGCCACCGCAACAACAACAUCAAGUACUAAUAUUGCAGGUACUACCAUAAUCACCCCAAAAAUUACAGAUACAAUUUCAGGAGUCGAUAACCCAAUUAUAGAAAAAAAAGUAACUACACCUCCACAACCAAUUAAACCAGUUGUUUUAAAUGGCAAGCUUUUAUCAUCACACAUUAAAGAAUCAAUUAAAAAAGAUACAGCAGAUUUUAUAAAAAAUUCAGGUAUUACACCACAUUUAGUUGUAAUUUAUGUUGGCGAUAAUAAACAAAUUGAAUCAUAUAUAAAAGCAAAGAAAACUGGUUGCGAAGAAGUCGGAUUUAGAUUCACUCUUGAUAGAUUCUCAAGCGAUAUAACCGAAGCACAACUUAUUAAAAAGAUUAAGUAUCAUUCUGAAGAUCCAUCAGUUCACGGUAUUAUCGUUCAAUUACCAUUACCAGAGAAUAUCAAUCGUGAUAACAUUAUUCAAGCCAUUGAUCCAAAAAAGGAUGUUGAUGGUUUAACUUCAAUUAAUAUGGGUCAAAUUAUGGUUUCAAAAAAACCAUUGUUUAUACCAUGCACCCCUUUAGGUAUUUUAGAAAUAUUCAAAGCAUAUAAUAUUAAAUUAGAGGGCAAGAACGUUGCAGUUUUAGGUAGAAGUAAUUUAGUUGGUAGAACUAUCGCAACCUUAUUGUCACAAAAAGAUAUGAGCAACCCAUCCAUUAUGGGUGGUGCCAAUGUCACAACAUUCCAUAAAUAUUCUAAAAGCUAUCAUCAUUUAUUAAAAAAUGCUGAUGUUAUUAUUUCAGCAACAGGAGUUCCAGGUUUAGUUAAGAAAGAGGAUUUAAAGAAAGGAGUUAUUUUAAUUGAUGUCGGUAUUAAUUAUAAAGAGGAUAGCAGUAAAAAAUCAGGAUAUAGAAUGGUUGGUGAUGUUGACCCAGAAUCAUAUGAAAAGUCAAUAGCCUAUACCCCAGUUCCAGGAGGUGUUGGUCCACUUACAGUUGCAUGCUUAUUAAGAAACGUAUUAAAAUCCUCCAUUCUUCAUUAUAGAAUUCAAUGCUCAAGAUUAAGAGCUGGUGUUGAAAACAAUAUUGUCGAUAAAAAAGAAAAAGAUUUAAAAUCAGAUAAUAAAAAUAAUCAAUAA